AUGCAGCGUGACGUGUGCGCAGUGGCGGCGCGCCGCCUUCUGCCGGGCUACCAGCUGGUGGCGGGCGUGGGCCUGUACCGCGUCUACCGCACGCAGCGCGGCUUCAUCGACGCGGAGAACCGCUGCCUCCGCGACGGCGCGCACCUCGCCGUGCCGGAGACGCCGGCCGAGGCAAGGGCCAUCGCAGGCCUGCUGGCCGCGCACCGCCUGCACCACGCCUGGGUCGGCAUCCGGCGGCACGCGCCCUUCAUGCCCAAGUUCACCACCCUGCUGGGCGACGACGUGAAGAAGCUGGCGUUCCACGAGUGGGAGGAGGAGGGCGUGGUGCCGCUGGAGGACUGCUGCACGCUGAGCGGCCCGCGCGGCGGCCGCGGCGUCGGGCUGUCGGUGUGGCCGUGCUCGCGGCCGCUCACCUUCGUCUGCGAGCAGCCGGCGGGCGCCGCGCUGCCCCGCGGCUACUGGCUGGCCGGCGACGGCAGCGCGCUGCGCCUGCACCCGCUGUCCGAGGGCCGCGACGACGCCGCCGCCGCCUGCCGCGGGGAGGCCGCCCUGCUGGCCGUGCCGCGCACAGACUCCCACGCCGAGGAGCUGCUGGCCGCCUUGCACCGGCACAACGUCACCAGCGACGUCUUCGUCGGCAUACAAGCCGACGCCGGAAGCGGCUUCCACACUGAUGCGGGUGAGCCCUUGGAACUGCUGGCCUUCAAGAACUGGCUGCCAGGCCACCCGCAGCGGUCACGGGAGACUCGGCGGUGUGUCUGCAUGGAGAUCAGGGGCGUCCUCAAGGUCUGCGACUGCGAGCUGCCGCUGCCAUUCUUCUGCGAGAUACACUUCUGA